CUCUCUUGUACGACCUCCGCUGCGACAAGAAUGAAAGGAAAUCACGAACACAGCCUCUCAGUCAUCUGAAGGGCUACUUCGUAUGGAGGGAAUAGAUCAGUAAACAAAGGAUCGAGAUCUACGAGAUAAGAGUCAUCGGAGCUGGACAUGCAGAACCCGAAAGAGCGGAAAAAUAAUCGUCAAACGUGAGAAGCCGGGCCAAAAAACGCCCCAAGACCGCCAGUUUCCUUACCAGCAUAGGGCUAAAUGCACUCAGUGACCGGCAGAAAGGGCGGUGGGAUCAUUUGGGGUGGGAAAGUCAAAAAGGAAACCCAGCAAGUGGCUUGCAUGAUCUACAGGUAUUUCACCAGUCUGACUGGUAGACUAAGACUUGAGGCUCGGAAUAUUAACCUACCAGAAGUCAGCCUCGAGCUUGCCCAUGGUCUCAGCUGCGAAAAUCAAUACGGGGUCGCUGGUUCGUUUGGGGGCCGGAUCGACCACACGUGUUAUGUAUGGGAUUUUUACCCUGUCAGUUUGAGAACGCUGACAGGUGGCAAAUGUCUGAAUCUAUUUAUUGCUCCCUACAGUAUGUGUAAUCAACGAUGACUGGUGGAUUAUUGGCCUGGUGUUUUUAUGUUCUGACGUUUGUCGUCAAGGGUUUUGGGUGAAGGGUGUGUGUCGCCAGGCAAUAAGGCGGCACUCAACCACCUGAGGCACGGUCAAACUCUACCAUCCUAAAAAUGGAAUAAUGUCCACAAGACUUGAUUCAAUA